AUGAAAGCCGAAGCUAAAAACGAGGACGAUGAGUAUGCUGUGAAGAAGGCCGGUCAGGUCCUGCAGGUAAUUUUUUACCUCAUUUAUAGUCUGCUCCAUGACGAAGACGGUUGCCUAAAUAGACCGAAAGCAUGCAACGCUGACGCGCACGCGGCGCGCAGGCGAUUCAGCGGUCAAUAGCG